AUGGAAAAUAUCCCAAAAAUUAUUGAAUUCGGCAAUGCAGUUCUUGCAGGUGCCAAACCAGGAACAGUCACAGUUCCAGAAUAUACCAUUUCGCCACAAAAUUUCAAAGAAUUAGCAGAACACGUUUCAAAUUCCAACGAUCAAGCACUUAAAGUCGGUUUCUCCAACAGCAUUUAUCGUUUGUUACUUCUCAACUACAACAACUCUGACGAAGAUAACGCAAAAGUUUUCAGAAACUCAGUUCUGGAAUUUGCAAUCAAAAACACAGUUAAAAACACAUUAUCAGGUAUUUUGAAAUCAACAAACGAAUUAUUAUCACAAACAGAAGGCAAGUGGCCAGAAUUAAUAGAGUUUUUACUGAAAAAUGAAACGGAAAAUAAUUAUUUUAGAGGACAAUUCAUUGCUGUUGCCACAUACAUCAGGGAAACGGACUUCCCAGUCACAAACAGAGAUGCUCUUCUUCCAGUUAUCGACAAUUUACUCAAAUCUUCCGAAGAUCUUCCAAUCUCUUCAUUAUUGCUCGUCAUUACAUUAACCAAAGCAGAUAUCAACCAAUUACAGCCAUACAUUAACACAAUCUGGGAAUCUGCUCUUAAAUGUGCAGAAUCAUCAGAUUUCCAUGCAGUUUGUUCGGCCAUGCACGAUCUACAUCAAAUCCCUGGCUUUGACAAACUCAUUCCUGAUUGUGUCUCCAAGAAAAUUGAAAUUUUCUCAAAUCAAGAUUUAGAUCUUGAAAAUCGCAUCAAAGAAAUCCAUCCAUGCAUCAAACUCUUCCCUUUCCUUGAUGAGAAGUCCAUGGAAAACAUUUUACAGGUUAUUUCAAGUGAAGUGACCACAAAUGUUGAAAAUUCAAUUAAAAUUCUUGACACUUUUGAAGAAACAGAAGUUGAUUUAUUAAAUGAAGGAUCCAUAGUUAUUUUAAGCACCUACAUACGUAUUCUUGUUGAAGGAGAUAAUCCAGCACAAGGAUUAGUAUUUUUAGAACCAUUUGCUGACCAAGUUUUAGAUGACGAAGAUUUUGAAAAUGAAGUUAAUGAACUUAUCUUGAAAACUCUUCAAGACGAAAACAAAGCAAUCUGUGCUUUAUAUUCUUUGAAGACAAUGUCGACGAGAAUGCAAAAACCGAACUUAGAUUUAUUUAAAUUAGUAUUGGAUUAUAUUCCAAGAGAUGACACUGUUGGUUAUCAUGCAAGAAUUGCUAUGGAAUCUUUGAUAGAAACACAGUUAUUCGUGGAUGACGUUUACGUCAAAUCUUUCGUUGAAAGUUUUCAAAAAUUCCAAGGAAAAACGUCACUUUUUGUCAAAUUUGUCAUCAAAUUAUUGAAUUCGUUACCAGAAAUAGGAUUAGUUGUAUGUCAAGGAUUAUUUGAGUUUUCUGUUCCUCUUAUUUCAGAAGGAAAGAGCGAUGAAGAAAAAUCAGUUGCUCUUUCAUUUUUUGCGCAAUUAGCCGAAGUUGACAAAGAUUAUGUUGUUGAUAGAUUGGAUGACAUGAUGGCUACAAGUUUGAGUUUAAUGGAAUCUAAGAAUCCUGGCUGUGUUGCUGCUUCUGCUGAUUUCUUGGCUUCUGUCGCGAAUUCUUUCGAACAAGAAACAAGAGAAAAAGUUUUUGAUCAAAUUCCAAAAAUGCUGCAAAUUGUUAGAAGAGAAAUCGAAGGUUUCCCUGAAAUACAUAGAAAUGCAGUUGCUACAUCUCUUUCUGAUAUUGUUUCACAAUUCGAUUUAAGAGAAACUGCUGAAGAACUCGCAAAUAUAGCAAUGAAAGAUUUGAAUUCUAAUGACGAAGAAACAAAAGGAGAAGCGAUUCAUAUCAUUUACAUUAUUUGCCAAAACUUAUUACCUGAUGUUGCUCAAACAGUGUUUAAUGAUUUGGCUUCUAAAUUAGAACAAAUGGAAGAUCAAGAUAACGCGGAAACAUCAAUCAGAGCUUUGAAAGAUUUACUCAAAAAAUAUAAAAUUGACAGAGAAAUUGUCAUGAAUUUAGUUAAAUCUGUUUAUGAAGGAAGAAUUAAAGCAAUUGGACAAAUUGAUUCGAUUGAGAAUGAUGAGACAGAAGUAUUUGAAUUACUCAAGAAUUAUGUCAUCAAAUACAAAAAUGAUGCUUUGAUUUUUGUUAGACAAGUUAUUGGUGUUUUGCCUUUCAUUGAUUCUUCUGUUUUAAGUUUGGCUUUGGCACCAAUAAAUGAAGCCCUAAACUUAUGUAAGGAAAGAGAUUAUUUAACAGACAAUGAUAUACAAACAAUUGUUCAAACACUAAUGACAAUAUUGAACCAGGAUGAUCCAGAAUCAGUGAAUUCUAUUUCUGAUACUUUGAUUAAUUUAAUUAUGAAUUUCACAAAAUUCGUUGAUACACAACAAUUGGUCAACAAAAUCAACGAUCUUUGGGAAACAUGUGAUGAGAAAGAAGAUAAAGAACAGACAUGCUCAUUAGCAAUGAUUUGUUUUGCUUUGUUAACACAAAAUGUUUUCAUCGAACAAUUAUUUGCUGAUUUAAUUCAGUUGAUGCCAAUUAGUUGUGAAACAUUUAGUUUGAAACAAUCUGUUGAGAUGAUGAAGAAAGCAGCAGAAACAUUACAAAGUAGAGAUAUAUUAAGCUUCGUCUAUGAAUAUUUGUGCAGAUUCGAGUUGAUGAAGAAGUCUCAGAUUGAAGAAUAUGAUGAAGAAAUUCCACAAAACUUACAAUCAUCAAUAAGACAGUUUAUCAAAGAAAAACUGAAGAAUGAUAACCAAAUGAAGGAUGAAAUGACAAAGACACUUCUUGCAAAGAACUAUGGAAAGGUUUUAGUUGCUUCUUUGUUUAAAUAA